UAACCAGCGCAUGAGAUAGGCAUACAUCCUACACCGAGUCCAGCAGUUUGGUGGACACCGAAAGAUGUACUGCAGGCAGGUCAAGCGCUUGUCACAACAAAAGUGUUACUGAUGGUCCAGCACAUCCAUUCUCGAACAACUUCUGCACUCGUUGCACAAUACAGACACAUUUGGUAGAGCACAAAACCGUAUGCUACGUGGUCUACGUUCUUUGCUACAACCUUGAGCAUACGAGGCCUUUCAUCAAUCACACAAGUUUCCUGAGAGGACCUCAACCGGCGCCACUACACCGCAUCGUACCUCGCGUCCGCGUAAGAAGAGCCAUGUGCUACAAUGGAGACACGUAGGCCUUCGGCCACGAGUAGGAGUCUGGCAUCAUGGCACACCACCUUCGUUUUCAUUACUACCGAUACCCUGGCGGUGUCUCUCCUGUUGACAGCUGCUCGAUGCUUCGCCUAUGCUCCCAGCCACGAAGCAGGAGUGUUGCACUGGGAAACGGGGACGUGCCUUCACAUUAUACGCUACGAUCCUGGCACAGCUUGCAUUGCCAGGCUUGUUGUCGCCGUCACUGACGCCAGCGCGGUAUGCUCGUUGCAGCCAAUUGGCGCCUCUCAUGGCUUGCGGGUCCCACAGUACGAUCGCUCUCCUGCAGCCAGAACGGCGCCCGUCCGUUGCUACUCUUGGAUCUGUGCCAGAGCUGUGCUCACCCUCGCCACCAUAGAUGCCUCUGCGUAUACUACGUUUGCCCGUACUAGCCUCCGCUCUCCGAUGCCGUACUGCGCAUAGAGCUUAAGAGCAUACUGUCGUUGUGACAUGAGCGCGAACGAUGCUUUUACGGUCGGUCAUCGCAGGAUUCCCGACCCCGCCGCUACCAUCAAAGCGAUCCUAGGCGGUUUUCGACGGCAUGGCAGUCGUUCUAACCGAGAUAUGUUCUGCCAUAGUUCUGUGGUGACGGACCACAGAAUGCUGCUAGUCUAGUGAACGCGGCGCAAACUGCGCUCGAGGCACUAAAGCUCGCAACGUUGUUGAGCUCACCGCCGCCAUCGUAGUAAAUGCUCCCAUUAUCACUACGGGCUUA